AUGAAACUACAUACACAACUGCCGUUGCUUGUCACGUGGAAUUUACAAUUAAUAGUUAGUUUGUUGGCCUUUAAACCACGGCUCAUCAUUCAAUUGGACAGUGCUGGCUGCGGCAGACUGCGAUACAGCCGACCUCAGAAACAUACGGUGCCCUUUCAUGUCGAGGGGUCGGAUGACUUGUAUGUCGGAGCAACCAACAUGGUGUACCGGAUUAAUUUAGAAGACAGCCGCAUUGUAGAGAACUUUACCCUUGAAGUGACUGGUGGACAAAACUGUCUAGAGAGUUUGUGUGAGAACAUCAUAACAGUUAUUGUGGAGUUCCAGGACAGCCUGUUUGUGUGCGGCACUAAUGCACAAAUGCCACUGUGCUGGAAAUUGUAUCCCCAGGUGGGAAAUCAAUCGGGCAGCGUUAUCAAGAACCGCGACGGCACAGGGAUCUCCCCGACCGUUUACACGCAGAAUUCCAUUUCUCUCUCAGUAGAUGGUGACCUUUACGCUGCCACGCCCCUUGAUAGUGCUGGGUCAUCGCUGCAGUUUCGGAGGAAGGGUGGCCGCAGAACCAGUGUCUGGAUGUACGAAAAAUGGGUGACAGACCCUACCUUCAUCUCAGCCAGUUGGGUGAGGCGAGUGGAUGACCCGGAUCAGGAGAAGAUCUAUGUGUUUUUCCGGGAGAGGAACUCAGACAGCAGCGCAGAGGCUGAUCCCUGGAUUUCUAGGAUUGGCCGUGUCUGCAAGGUGGAUGAAGGUGGGUCCAAGAGGUACUUCCAGAACAUGUGGACAUCUUUUCUGAAGGCCCGGCUCAUGUGUGGGAUCCCAGAGGAGUCGCUGUACUUUAACCGCCUGCAGGGCGUGUAUGUCCAGCACGCCAACGACUGGAGACGUACCCGCGUUUACGCCCUCUUCAGCAGCAGCUGGAAUUCCACCGCCAUCUGCACGUACACCAUGGGGCAAAUAGACAAGGUCUUUGAGAAUUCCUCCUUCAAGGGCCUUUAUGGCGAAAUUCCAAAUCCAAGGCCAGGAAUGUGUGUCCCUGACAGUAGGAGCCUGCCCCAGUCCACUAUCAAAGUGAUACAGAGCCACCCCGAAAUGAGUGACUGGAUCCAUUCCAAUCACCGCCACGCCCCUCUCUACAUCAGCACCGUGAACUACACCAGGAUUGUGGUGGACAGAGUCCUUGCUGCGGAUGGGAGACCACAUAACGUGCUGUUUCUGGCCACCGACCAGGGGAUGAUUCACAGAGUCUUGGAGGACGGCUCCACGGCAUUCAUCAUCUCUGAGACUCACCUGUCCAACCAGUCUGCUUGCCUUCAGUUCAUGAGACUCGACUCCCGAAAGAGGAAGCUGUUAAUGGGGUUUGCUGAUCAGAUUGUUCAGCUGGACCUGCAGCGCUGCCAGGAUUAUAAUGGGUCAUGUGCGGACUGCGUUUUGGCCCGUGACCCAUACUGUGCUUGGAAUGGGUCAGCAUGCACGACAGCAGUACCGGGGAGCAUACAGAACAUUGCUGAUGGAACCACUAAUGUUUGUACCCAAACAGGGGAAGAUCAAAGCCGUCACAGAGCAUUGCCAUCCGACCCACCUGCGAUCACCUACUCUGUCCCCCUGGAUGUCCCCUUCUACCUCACCUGUCCCGUGCACUCUCUCCAUGCAAACUAUAGCUGGGAGCACCCCGCUGGGAGCGCCCCGUGCCCAAAGACACAGUCCGAGUGCCUGUACCUCAUACCAGCUGUCAAGGAGGAGGACAACGGGACCUACAAGUGCGUCUCCAUGGAGCGGGACUACACGCGAGUGCUGAAGUCGUACCAGCUGCGGCCCAGCAACACCGGCUCGGCUCUGCGUGACUCUGUCAGUGGCCUGGCGGUGGCAGUGGUGUCCACACUGCUGAACGGUGCUCUGCUGUCAGAGUAAAGACUUGACAGAAACGCCUUCUGUCACCGGGCUAUAGCUUCUUCUCC